CGCACUCAGUGGAGCGCGGUAGCUGGAGGGAAGACCGGACCCGGCUGGAGCUCCGGAGAGCGCGCGUGCGCCGUCGCGAGCUCGGUGUUGCCGGAGCCGCGGUGUAGGAUCGGGUGUGAGACCUCCGUUCGGGCCACAGGAAUGUUCCGAAAGGCCCGGCGAGUGAACGUGCGCAAGCGGAAUGACUCGGAGGAGGAGGAGCGAGAGCGUGACGAGGAGCAGGAGCCGCCGCCGUUGUUGCCGCCACCGGGCACUGGCGAAGAGCCGGGCCCCGGCGGCGGCGACAGGGCCCCCGGGGGGGAGUCGCUGCUGGGCCCGGGGCUGCCACCGCCUUCCGCGCUGACCCCGGGCCCCGGGAUUGAGGCUGGGGGCUGUUUCCCGGGCGGCGCAGAGCCUGGCAACGGGCUGAAGCCGCGCAAGAGACAGCGAGAGAACAAAGAGGUGCCCCGGGCCAGCCUGCUCAGCUUCCAGGACGAGGACGAAGAAAAUGAAGAAGUUUUCAAAGUGAAGAAAUCAAGUUAUAGCAAAAAGAUAGUAAAAUUGCUUAAGAAAGAAUAUAAAGAAGAUCUUGAAAAAUCGAAGAUUAAGACAGAACUCAACUCAUCAGCUGACAACGAACCACCUUUGGACAAAACAGGUCAUGUUAAGGACACCAAUCAAGAAGAUGGAAUUAUCAUCAGUGAACAUGGGGAAGAUGAAAUGGAUAUGGAAAGCGAGAAGGAGGAAGAAAAGCCAAAAGCUGGCGGAGCCUUUUCAAAUGCUUUAUCUUCUUUGAACGUUCUCCGUCCAGGAGAAAUUCCAGAUGCAGCUUUUAUACAUGCUGCAAGGAAAAAGCGUCAGAUGGCCCGGGAGUUGGGGGAUUUCACUCCUCAUGAUAGUGAGCCUGGGAAAGGCCGCCUUGUUAGAGAAGAUGAGAAUGAUGCCAGCGAUGAUGAAGAUGAUGAUGAGAAACGCCGUAUAGUUUUUUCUGUGAAGGAAAAGUCACAAAGACAAAAAAUUGCAGAGGAAAUAGGUAUUGAGGGGAGUGAUGAUGAUGCUUUAGUAACUGGAGAACAAGAUGAAGAGCUCAGCCGAUGGGAACAGGAGCAGAUAAGAAAAGGAAUUAAUAUCCCUCAGGUUCAAGCAAGUCAGCCCACUGAAGUGAAUAUGUACUACCAGAACACUUACCAGACAAUGCCUUAUGGUUCAUCCUAUGGCAUUCCUUAUAGUUAUACGGCCUAUGGAUCAUCGGAUGCCAAAUCUCAAAAAACAGAUAAUACAGUCCCUUUCAAAACUCCCAGUAAUGAGAUGACUCCCGUUACUAUUGAUUUGGUAAAGAAACAGCUUAAAGACAGGUUGGACUCCAUGAAAGAGCUGCACAAAACAAAUCGACAGCAGCAUGAGAAACAUCUGCAAAGCCGAGUGGACUCCACCAGGGCUAUUGAAAGAUUAGAAGGGUCUUCUGGGGGUAUUGGUGAACGGUAUAAAUUUUUGCAAGAAAUGCGAGGGUAUGUCCAAGACUUGCUUGAGUGUUUCAGUGAAAAGGUGCCACUGAUUAAUGAACUUGAAUCAGCAAUACAUCAGCUGUACAAACAGCGAGCUUCCCGCCUUGUCCAAAGACGACAAGAUGAUAUUAAAGAUGAAUCUUCGGAGUUUUCAAGCCAUUCAAAUAAGGCUCUGAUGGCACCAAAUCUUGAUUCCUUUGGACGAGAUCGGGCACUGUAUCAGGAGCACGCAAAGCGUCGGAUUGCAGAACGGGAGGCCAGGAGGACUCGUCGUAGACAAGCCAGAGAGCAAACUGGUAAGACGGCAGAUCACCUUGAAGGCCUGUCCAGUGAUGAUGAAGAAACUUCUACAGAUAUUACAAACUUCAAUCUGGAAAAAGAUCGCAUUUCAAAAGAGUCCAGCAAGGUUUUUGAGGAUGUCCUUGAGAGUUUCUAUUCAAUCGAUUGUAUUAAAUCCCAGUUUGAGGCAUGGCGUUCAAAAUACUACAUGUCCUACAAGGAUGCUUACAUCGGUCUUUGUUUGCCAAAGUUGUUCAAUCCCCUCAUAAGGCUACAGCUUCUCACUUGGACUCCUCUUGAGGCUAAAUGUCGUGACUUUGAGAAUAUGCUGUGGUUUGAAUCUUUGCUGUUUUAUGGCUGUGAAGAGCGAGAGCAAGAAAAAGAUGAUGUAGAUGUUGCACUAUUACCUACCAUUGUGGAAAAGGUGAUUCUUCCUAAACUAACAGUGAUAGCUGAAAAUAUGUGGGACCCCUUUUCUACAACACAGACUUCAAGAAUGGUUGGAAUUACACUAAAAUUAAUAAAUGGAUAUCCUUCAGUAGUGAAUGCAGAAAACAAAAAUACACAGGUGUACCUGAAAGCACUUUUAUUGAGGAUGAGGAGAACUUUAGAUGAUGAUGUAUUCAUGCCCUUAUAUCCCAAAAAUGUCUUGGAAAAUAAAAAUUCUGGGCCUUAUUUGUUUUUUCAACGACAGUUUUGGUCUUCAGUUAAGCUCUUAGGGAAUUUUCUCCAAUGGUAUGGCAUUUUCUCAAACAAAACUCUUCAGGAGUUAUCAAUAGACGGUUUGUUAAAUAGAUACAUUCUCAUGGCUUUUCAGAAUUCAGAAUAUGGAGAUGACAGCAUCAAAAAAGCCCAGAAUGUAAUCAAUUGUUUCCCCAAGCAGUGGUUCAUGAAUUUGAAAGGAGAAAGAACUAUUUCUCAGUUAGAAAACUUCUGUCGAUACCUUGUACACUUAGCAGAUACAAUUUACAGAAACAGUAUCGGGUGCUCUGAUGUGGAAAAAAGAAAUGCAAGGGAAAACAUAAAGCAGAUAGUAAAACUCCUUGCAAGUGUUCGAGCUCUGGAUCAUGCUAUGUCUGUUGCAAGUGACCACAAUGUGAAAGAAUUUAAGUCUUUGAUUGAAGGAAAGUAGAUCUGUGAGACUGAAAAAAAGCCUGUUUGCUCUAAUACCAUUCCCAAUGUACAAAUUUUGUAUAUAUGUAAAGUUUCUUAAACUGUAAAAUACUGAUUCUUGUUUUAAUACAAAGAACAUUAUUAAUAUUCAA